AUGGGCUGCUCUGGUUCUUCCGCUGUUAAGGAUAAAGACUGUAUUAAUGAAAAGAUUGUAUUAGGUUAUUGGGCUGUACACUUAUAAGGUCAACCUGCCAGAUACGUCUUAGAAUUAGCUGGCAUUCCAUAUGAAGACAGAUUAUACACCAUGUAAAAUCGUGCUGACUGGUUCGAAAAAGAUAAACAAACUUUGGGUUUUGAUUAUCCUAACCUUCCUUAUAUUAUUCAUGGCGACUUCAAAAUUACUGAAAGCCAGAACGUUGUAAAUUAUGUCAUCGAAGUAACCAACCAAUAGAAACUUCUAGGUGAAGGUAAGGAUAAAUACAGAGUCGGUCACGUUAGAUAUGUCUGUUAAGAAAUACUUGGCAAACUUUUUGGAGCAAUUAUGAAGGAAAAUGCUGAAGAGAAAUAAAAUGCCAUCCAAAACGACGUCCUCCCCAAAGCCAGGCUUGUUUAAACCUACCUUGGAUCCCAAAAUAAAUUCUGCAGUGAACUCACUAUUGCCGAUAUCUAUGCUUACGUCUUUUUCUUCAACUUAAAAAAGAAAGCUCCUGAAGCCUACGCCGAAUUUGCUGCUCAAAUCGACCCCUUACUUUAAAACUUCGAAAGCAUCCCCAAUAUUAAAAAAUACUAAGAAUCUGAACGUUUUGCUAAAAUCAACAAUUGA